GGUAUCUAACCCCAACACCUUUGUCACGCCAUUUUCUUCACCCUGCCUAUGUCGCUGCCUCACGUGCUUCAGUUUUUCUGCGUUGCCGUGGCGUUGGCCCAGCAACCCACGAAAGAUUGGUGCAAAGAUGGCAUCAAAGUGCCAAGCUUCAGUGAGGAUGAUGGCAACGUCAGUGUGAAGUUCCGGGUGGCACAAGCGCCACUCUUCUCGACCAAUCCACACAUCGGUACGAAGCUGCGGUGGCUGAACUUGUACCACACGGCGUUGGUGGUGGUUCAACACUUGCCAGGCCUGGCGCCGAAGAAUUGGACGAUCGAAUUCGACUCGGUGACCAACGUCCUGGGAGCGGUAUUGCCAAGCAUCAACGGGAGCACGUUGAGCUGGAACAACGACGCGCGAUAUUGUGUCACUGAGGGCAUUUUGUGGGGUGAGGCCGAAGAGAACCGGCUUUCAAAUGCUCGACACGGUGCUGCGACUCAACGCCUCAUCAGCUCGACGGAUCUUCACGGACUUCAUCCCGGCAGUGAAUGACACUGCACACCAGAGCAAGCCCCUCUACCAGCUGUGGCGUGUUGAGACUCGUGGGGUAGAAACCUCACCUUUAGUGAAGGACAGGGAGAUGGGAGACGAUGGGAGGACUGGAUCCUGGACUUCUCCUCCCGUGUCCUGCUGACCCCACCACUUUUCGAGCUAAAAUACACCUCCAUUGUGGUUUAUGCCGACAGGAUUUCCAAGAUUCCGGUGAAUGGCAAAGAUUGGCCUGAUUUGAUCCAGUAUUUCCAGGGAAUGUCAGAAGUGACUGGUGGCAAAGAAGCAGUGUGGCAUAGACUCCUAGAAUUCCUACACCUAAUGCCUGUUCACUAUGUCUACGACAGCAAUGCAAAGGCCUACUACAAAGUGGAGGGCAACCAUUUUCCAUGGCUCGAAUCGAAAUACCAUGCUGUGCCUUUGGAAGGCCCACCAAAGCUGGGAAAUCAUACGAAUGAAAUACUAUUUGUUUAACGACC